AUGGUCCCAAAUGAAGCUCAUCAGUAUAUGGGGAUUAUCCAUUUGCUUCUUCAUUUUGGAUGGACCUGGGUCGGGCUUUUUGCUGUGGAUGAUGACAGUGGAGAACAUUUCUUGCAGACUCUUGAGCCAUUGCUUUCCCAGAAUGCAAUCUGUUCAGCCUUCACAGAAAGACUCCCAAAACAAGUUUGUUUUGAUACUGUGGAAGACAUUCUGGCAAUAAUGUCAAAUAUUUAUGUACCUUUCACAGAUACAAAAGCCACUACAUUUAUCAUCUAUGGAGAAUCUUUGACAUUUGUAUGGCUGAGAACCAUUAUAUUUUUCCGAGAUCCUGGAAAUAAAGAAAACGCAUCAUUUAGAAAGGUGUGGAUUACUACAGCUCAGAUGGAUUUCACAUUACUGGGCCUUCAAAGGGAAUGGGAUUUCCAUCUGUUCCAAGGUGCCAUUGCCUUCACAAUUCACUCAAGAGAUCUUCUAGGUUUUAAGCAAUUUCUUCAGCUCAUAAAACCUUCCAGGAACCAAGGGAAUAGUUUCCUCAAUGAUUUCUGGGAGCAAGCAUUUGACUGUUUAUUUCCAAGAAGUGAGGCACCAAUGGAAAUCAAUGAAACAUGUACUGGAGAGGAGAUGCUGGAGAAACUCCCUGGACUUGUGUUUGAAAUGGACAUAAGUGGCCACAGCUACAGUAUCUAUAAUGCUGUUUAUACCCUUGCACAUGCCUUGGAUGAAAUUUAUUCAUCUACAAACAUCCCUAAAAUGAUGGUGGCUAAAAAAGAUGUGAAACUUGAGACGAUCUGGCCUUGGGAGCUGCAUUCCUUCCUUCAAAGGAUGUCAUAUAACAACUCAGCUGGAGAAACAGUUUCUUUUAAUUACAACAGAGAAAUGGGAGAUGGAUUUGAUAUAAUGAACUUGAUCACGUUUCCAAACAAGUCCUUCUUUCGAGUGAAAGUGGGAAGGGUGGCUCUAAAUGCUCUUGAAGAAUCAGAAUUGACCAUUAAUGAUGAUCUAAUUGUGUGGCACAGAGGUUUUAAGCAGGAGCUGCCCAUUUCUGUGUGCAGUGCCUCUUGCAACCCAGGUUACCAGAAGCAAAGGAGAGAAGGGGAGAAAUUUUGCUGCUACAAUUGUACUCCAUGCCCAGAAGGGAAGAUUUCUAACCAGAAGGAUACAGAAGACUGUUUCAGAUGCCCAGAAGAUCACUACCCAAGCAAGGACAAAAAUAGAUGCAUCCCCAAAACUAGAAGCUUUCUGUCCUAUAAAGAACCUUUAGGGAUCAGCUUAGCCUCAGUUGCUGUUUCUUUUUCCCUGAUUACAGCUUUGGUAUUAGGAAUUUUUAUUACUCACAAGGAUACCCCCAUAGUCAGAGCUAACAAUCGGGAUCUCACCUACAUGCUCCUCAUCUCCCUUCUGCUCUGCUUCCUGUCUGCUUUGCUAUUUCUUGACCAGCCUGGUAAAGUGACUUGUCUCCUCCGCCAGCCAACUUUUGGCAUCAUCUUUUCAGUGGCCAUUUCUUGUGUAUUGGCCAAAACCAUUACAGUGGUUGUAGCCUUCAUGGCCACCAAACCAGGGUCCAGCAUGAGGAAGUGGGUGGGGAAAAGACUGGCCAACUCCAUUGUACUUUCCUGCUUCCUUGUUCAAGCAGGCAUUUCUACUGUGUGGUUAGGAAUGUUUCCCCCAUUCCCAGAUGUAGACAGGAACUCUUUAGCUAAAGAAAUCAUUGUUCAAUGCAAUGAAAGAUCUGUCACUAUGUUUUACUGUGUUCUGGGCUAUAUGGGUAUAUUGGCCAUAGCCAGCUUCAUGGUGGCAUUUCAAGCUCGCAAAUUACCUGACAUUUUUAAUGAAGCCAAGUUCAUCACCUUCAGCAUGUUGGCAUUUUGCAGUGUGUGGCUGUCUUUCAUUCCAACCUACCUGAGCACAAAAGGAAAAGAGAUGGUGGCUGUGGAGAUCUUCUCCAUCUUGGUCUCCAGUGCUUGCUUACUGGUUUUUAUCUUUUCUCCUAAAUGCUUCAUCAUUGUUCUGAGGCCCCAGUUAAACAAGAAGGAGCAACUAAUACAAAAGAAAUAUUGA